AUGUCGACACAACCAGUGACAACAACUCCUAUGAAAGGAUCGCGCAAUCCUAAACGACAACAGAAAAGGAACAACACACCUGCCUCCCAGGCCAAGACCGUUAUGCUUUCGACGCCUCCUUCAUCACCGCCUCGUAUCGCAAGCCCCAACGACUACUUUGCGACAGGCACACCGGGAGUUUACAACGGAGAACACAACGGCUCACGCAAGAAGACUGACAAUCGCUCUGGCAAGAAGCCCCGGGAAAACACUCGUCCAGCCAAUCCUGCCUAUAACAAUAGCGUGAAUCAUCGCCAUACCUCUUCGCAGCCUAGCAUAGCCUCUCCGCCUCAGCUCAAAGAUAGCCCACAUUAUGCCGGCCCUACUUUCCAUGCGUCUCCUGCGCCGUCUGCCCUUCCGAUGCCGUCAUUCUUCUCCAAGUCCGUUCCUGAUUCCGGUCUUUCUACUUCCCUGGAGCUUGACGAUGAGUUGGACGAAGAGUCAGCGCCAGAGCUUACUCCCUCAAAGCCUAAAUCCAGCGUUUCCCGAAUCAACCACGAACCUUCUCCCUUGGACUUUCUUUUCAAGGCCGCCAUUGAUGCACGAGUCAAAUCUCAGCAGAGCCCUGAGGCCGUUUCGAAAAGCACAGUCUCAAGCUCUACCGACGUCUCGACAACUAGUCAGCGACAAGAAUCUUCCGUAAACGGUAUAUUCUCACUUGAGCUUGAUGGCUCGGACAGGAACACUCCAACAUAUUCGACCCCAAUUUCUUCAUAUAAGCAAAAGAUGAAUGCCUUGACAUCUAGUGAUACUCAACAGCGCCCAGCAACGGAUUUGGAUGAUACUCAGCGAAAGAUCAAGACUGAAGAAUUAAAGCAUCUAUUACUAAAUCCUCGUCCCCAACGUCCUGUAUCGGCGUCUCCCCAUCCCAAGGGUUUGGCGCAAGGCUAUUUCCCCAACGGAGGCUUAGGGUAUGUUACUAAUGUGCAGCAACACGCCAAUUCUGGGCCUCCAACUCCUGUCUCUUUCAACAGCCAUGUUCAGCAACCUACAGGUCGACCAAGCAAUUCUUACAGAUCUUCACCACAGGCCUAUGCGGAGAAUGCCAAUCCAUUCAUGUUUCAUCGAGAUGCUUCGCCCUACGCAAGCCCAGUUAAUACCGCCAGACCAAAUCAGUAUGGGCCCCCCUUUCCGUCGCCUUACCGAAACCCUCAGCCUUCGCAGAGAUAUCAUUCGCCAUCUCCAUUCACUGCCAGGCUACAAUCCACGCCACCUUCCCGUCAGGCAGAGCCUGACACCAAGAAAAUGGAAGAUGAUCUCCGAAGGAUCUUGAAAUUGGACAUGACCCCGAGUAUGCAACCCAACGGAGUGCAGAGUUCUCUAGCUUGA